UCCAUUACAAAUAAGGGUUGUUAAUUAGCCCAAUUAUAUUAAAACAUGAAGCCCACCAGCAGCUCACCGCCGAGACCUGGCCGGAAUUUGACGGAGAAAAAUCGCCGGCAGCAAAUGAAAGAUCUUUACCGUCGCCUCGCCUCUCUCGUCUCUCGUAAAAACACUCUUCCGCUUCUGGAAAAAUCGCCGGCGUUCGAUUUGUUGGGUGAAGCCACUGACUACAUUAAACAACUAGAGGGAAACGUUAAUGAGCUGAAAGCAAGAAAGGAUAGUCUACAAUUACCAGUGGUAAUAAUAAGCGUGAAUGAAAGUGAGACGGGUGAAAUUUUGGAGAUAAAUAUAGUGUGUGGGUCGGAGAACAAAAACCUUAAGUUGCACAAAGUCUUUUGUAUUCUCAAAGAAGAAGGCGUUGAAGUUGUGAGUGCUUACAGCUCCACUAUGGGUCUCAAGAUUUACCACACAAUUCUUAGCAAGGCAUUUUCACCUAGACUUGGAAUGGAUACCAAUAGAGUUCAAGAACGCUUGAAGAACUUUAUUUCUAGCAUAUAAUGAUAUCAAUUAUAAGGUUGUCAUAUGCCGCAUUUUGGA